AAAUGCACCCUCUGGACCACACUUAACAAGCUAUAUCUAGAAACAAUGCUAAGAAAUGUCUCCUUGACCUUAUCGUAUCCUCUUGCUCACCAAGUAACAGUAAUUAACAAUCUGCGAGUCAGGUGCUAAUCCGCACCUGGUAACCGAUAGAAGAGAGGAAAAGAAACAACUGGAGAAUAAAAGCCGCACGCCUCAGCCACAGCCCAGAACAGUGUCUACUUUCGUCGUUGACACUUGACUGACAGUGGCAGUAGCGGCAGCAUGACACCACCGAGCAGACUAGUCCUCGGGGUGUCCCUCGUGGCACUCCUGCUUCAUAUUGCUUACGGCUCGGGGACGGUGUUCGAUGCCAACCUGUUCCAGCAGACGUUCGACGUCCUGGGAGCGCGCUCCUGUCUGCCGGCCGACUUUAACAACUCGACUGUCAGUGAGCUGGCGAGCGCCUGCAAGGCCAGAGCCACCGCUCCGGUCCAGCCGGCCGAGUGUGCCGGUGCCACCUCGCUGGGACGAUUCUACAACUGUCUGACCAGAGAACGCGGAAUUCUGAACGCUGACGCCACUGUGCUCGACACUGCCCGCGUGGUGGCCGGCAUCACCCGGUACUCACGGGACCCCGCCUGGAUCGCCAAGACCACGCGGACUGUGCACGAGUGCCUGGAGUACGCCUCUGACGGCCUGACGACGCGCCAGCUGACUGUGUACACCUACCUCUGCCUCAAGUGGAGCCUGUUCGCCGACUGCGACAUCCAGCAGGAGCGGCGCGGGGCCCUGGACGAGGAAGCCGCGCUGCGCAGGGCCCGCUUCCUCUCUGGAUACUGUCCGCUGAGCCCCAACACGCUCAGAGGAGUCCUGGAGCACAUCACCGGGCGAACGCUGCAGGAGUGCGGAAAGGGGCUCUACGCGGGCUACGAGCCGCACCAGCUGUACCAAGCCGAGAUCGCCCGCCUCGUGUGCCUGUUCCAGAAGUUUAUCGGCGCCGACGGCACGAUCGACCUGCAGGCCGUGAAGCUGGCCAUCACCUACGGAGAGGGCGACAAGUUCCGAGAGGCGGUGGAGGGCUGCAUCCGCACCCAGACCAAGGCCGGCUCGGGCGGCUACAACCGGCUCACUGCCGAGGAGUUCGUCCGGUGCUGGGCCGACAGGGGCGUCAUCAGCUGCGUCCAUCAGGAGGCCAACCAGGUGGGCGCGCAGCACCCCGACAACUGCGACGUCACCCUCAGCUUUUAAUGUAACCCCACGCCAUUGACGUCACCCUCGGCAAUUGACGUCAAACCUCGGCAACGGAGAUUAACGUCAACGGCGCCAAUUCAUCUUGCAUUUGACUCAAGCACUUUUUAUAGGGCAACGACUGAGUAAUGCAUCGGAAGAUCAUAGCAAAUUUGAAGCACAUUUACAAUGCUUAUAACCUAGCGAAACAUUUUAUCAUUGCGGCUGUGUGACUUUUGUUAUAUUUGCCGAAGAUCACGUCGUGCAAAAAAAAAGCUUAAUACCUGCAGUGUCCAACGGAUGCAAAUAAAGUCGACUGCUUCCAGUGGUUUGAACA